UGAAAAAAAGUUUUUUUGACAAAAGAAAAUGAGAUUGAGCAAAUUAGGAUUAAAAUUCUGGUUGUAGAUGUAUUAACUAAAACAGCAUUUUUCUAACAUGUAUAUAGGAAGAGGGGUAGCGUGAUCCAGUUUUCAGGGGUGUACUAAUGAGAUGUAUUAAAAAACUUUUUAAUUUUUUAUUUGAAAUAGUUAUUAGCGUUAAAUUAAAGUUAUUGAAUAUGAAAAGAAAAACAAAAGAAACAAAUGUUAGAGCCAAGCAAAAAAAUGAUUUACCAGAAGAUUCAAGAAGAAGAUCAUCAAGAAAAAUUGUGAAUUAUGCAGAAAACAAUGAAGAAGAAAGUUCUGAAUCUGAUUUUGAGCCAGUAAGUAAAAAAAUAAAGGCUACUAAAAUAAAAACUCCACGAAAGAAUAACACAGUGGCUAUAAAACCUGUUUCGGAACCAUCAACUAAUGUUCAAAUUUUAAAUAUAACUAACUUACAUACUGCUCUAAACCUUUCAGAAGAUGAAAGUUCUUCAGAUGAUGAUGUCCCACUCUCAGCAAUCAAAUCUUGUAUCCUCCCAAAAGUGAAUGAGGCAAAUAAACCUUGUAUCCUCCCAAAAGUGAAUGAGGCAAAUAAUUUUGAAGCUGUGAAUAGCGCAUUCUUUAUCGAACCAAAAACAGAAAUUAAAAAUGAAAUAAAAGAAACUCUUGAAGAUAAUAAAGUUUUAGAUGAUAAAAAAAAUUCUUUGAUCACUAAAAAAGCAGGCAGUUUAAAAAACAGCAAAACAAAAAAAUCUAUACCUAUAGAGUCAAUAGAAUCAAAAAAAGUUCAAAAAACAGAAAACAACAACACCAAAGUAUUAAGAGCUCGUAAAGAAAAUAAAGUUUUAAAAAUAGAAACUAGUAAGUCAUCGGUUGAAAUAAAUAAAAAGAAAGUAAGCACUAGCUUGAAAGAAAUCUCUGUGAACAGCUCAAAAGCGAAUAAUAUGAAGUUCCAGAGCGAUACAUCAAGCUUAGCUGAUAGUGAAGAAGAAAAUUGGGAAGAAGUAGAGGAAAUUGAAGUAAAGUCCAAAUCAAAGAAAAUGAAAAAGGAAGAAAUAAAAGAAGAUAACAUAAAGUUAAAUGAUCUCGAGAUAAGCGUAGGAGUCUCUUCUAUCCAUAAAAAGAAGUUAACAAGACAAGAGAAAUAUCAUAACUGGGUGAGACAGUUAAUUGGUCGCUUUCAACGAGAGUUGCAGCAACAUAUUCAUAAAAUUCAUCUAUUAUGUUUGUUUGCUUGUGAAAUAAAAAGAAACAUGGUUUGCAAUAUUAAAUCUGUGCAAGCCAUUUGUUUGUCAUUGGUUCCUUUGGAAUUUACAAAAAUUUUAACACGACAAUGGAACAUCAAUCACUUGCGGAAGUUCAUAGACUGGUAUCAGAAAGAAAUACCUUCUACUGAAGAACUGUUACUUUUUACUGACAAGGCAACACAAGUAUUAAAACACAUGCAAAGAGAAUAUAUUCUUGUAAUCAUGUUGCGAUCUCUUGGAUUUUUGUCCCGAAUAAUUUGUUCUUUACAACCUUGCACUCAUAAAGUAUUUUCAUCAAAGUCAGCAAUGGAAUCUAAUGAAAAACCUACAACUGCUAAUUCCAAACCUCCUGCUAAUUCCACUAAAUCUCCUUACUUUGACUCAGACACAGAAUCAUCAAAAUUGCAAAAGAAAUCAAAUUUAAAAUCAAAAAAUACAAACAAAAAAUGUAAUGAUGCGUCUAAUAAUCCAAACACCGUAAAAAAAAGUGCAAGCAAAAAAAAGAAAAGAAAAGCAAAAAGUUCAGAAGACGAAGAGGAUGAACCUAAACAAAUCAAAUCAAACAAAAAAUCCAGUGCAAAAUCAUCUGUUAUUAAAAAAGGUGCAGAUGUUUGGAUUGAGGUUUAUCUUUUAACCAUGCAAAAGUGGAUUUGUAUAGAGCUAACUGGAAAAUCAAUUGAUGAACCAGAUAAAUGCGAAUUAUAUGCUACAAACCCUCUUCAGUAUGUUAUUGGCAUUGAUAACUAUAACAAAGUAAAGGACUUAACUUGUCGUUAUGCUGCUAAAUGGCUUAGUUUUAACCGAAAACUGCGUGUUGAUCGUGACUGGUGGUUUAAAACUCUUGCACCAUACAAGCCCAUAGAGUCUUCAAUUGAUUCUGCAGAAGAUGCUCAACUGACAAAGAAUCUUCUUGACAAAGAUUUCCCUAAAACAAUCAGCGAUUUUAAAGAUAAUCCACUGUAUGCUUUAAAACGACACCUAUUGAAAUUUCAAGCAAUUUAUCCUGAAUCAGCUGUUCCUUUAGGAUACAUCCGUAACGAAGCAAUAUAUUCACGAGACUGUAUCAGAGAGCUUCACACUCGAGAAACUUGGAUGAAACAAGCAAAAGUUGUGAAACCUGGUGAGGUUCCUUAUAAGGUUGUUAAAGGAAGACCAAAAAGGAACACUCCGGUGUUUGAAAGAGAAAAUGUCAAAGUUGAAGUAUUUGGCGAGUGGCAAACAGAAGAUUACAUUCCUCCUCCUGUCGUCAAUGGAAUUGUUCCAAAAAAUGCAUAUGGAAAUGUUGAACUUUUUAAACCUUGUAUGCUGCCAGAAGGUGCUGUUCACUUGCCAAUGGCCAACAUGCAGAAGAUAGCAAGAAAGCUGAAAGUUGAUCAUGCUCCAGCAAUGAUGGGUUGGGAUUUUCAUGGUGGCUUUUCACACCCUGUUUAUGAAGGAAUUGUGGUUGCAAAAGAACACGAAGACCUGCUAUUAGAUGCUUGGAGAAGAGAAGAAGAGUUAUUGGAAAAAAAAGAAAAAGAGAAACGUGAGAAAGUUAUUUAUGAAAACUGGAGAACAUUGAUCAAAGGACUUCUCAUACAAAAUAAACUCAAGUUAAAAUACAAAUUUGAAGACGAUGAGUCUGCUGUUAAGAAACAAGUCAAUGUUAAGAAGCAACAAACCAAAAGUUCAAAGAGUAAAAAAAGUGAAGCUACUACUAAUGAUGAUUAUACAGACCUAUCUGUUUCAUGGCCAAUGAACAGGAUGACGGGGAUAAGUUCUUUACAAGAUGAAGGACAUACCCAUGUAUUUAAAGAGUGUUCAAAUAGUUUAAAUAAAGGUGUAAAAACAUGUUCAUGCGGAUUGGCAAUAUCAAGCGAUAAGGUUGAAGAUCUCUAAUGCUAGUAAUAAUCUACAAUCGGAGACUUCAAAGAGGCGUCAAAAGUGCAAUAUGGCAGAUAAACGAUAAAUUUGUACGUCAAAAUAACGAUCAACAAAUGGUUGUCACUUGUGUCAAAAAUCAUUUUGAGUUGCGCGUAUGAAAGUUUUAAAGACGUAUGCAGGAAAAUUUUCAAAGGCGUAUGCUGGAGAACUUAGUUCUAUAAGGAUGUAUAAGGGAGAAUUAUGAAGGACAUUUGGUUAAAAAUGCUAAUAACAGUGUAUAUUUGUUUUUACUUUUUAUGUUAUUUUUGUUAGUAUUUA